UACUAGUUACUGAUAAUUACUGCAGUCAUAUUUUUCCUCACAAUUGAUUAGUAAAAACUGCCAAUAAAAGUAUAUCAGUUUUUCAAUUAGAAACCAUCUGUAAAAUGGCAGUACCCACAGUUCUUCUGAAUAAUGGCCUAAAGUGUCCACAACUUGGUCUAGGUACCUGGCAGUCUGCACCCGGAGAAGUCCAAAAAGCCAUAAGCCACGCCAUCGACGUGGGAUACCGCCACAUAGACUGCGCCUGGAUCUACGGCAACGAGAAGGAAAUAGGAGAGGCCAUCAGACAAAAAAUAGAAGACAAAACCGUCAAACGUGAAGACCUGUUCAUAGUCACCAAGUUAUGGAACACCUUCCACGAGAAAGACAAAGUCGUUCCGACCUGCAGAGAGUCCUUGGAAAACCUCGGGCUGGAUUACGUUGACUUAUACCUGGUGCAUUGGCCGGUUGCACAGAAGGUAAAAAAAUUCGAUAAGUUAGUACCUUUUGUAGGUGCUGAGUUCGUGGAUAUCGACUACCUUGAGACUUGGGAGGGAAUGGAGGAUUGUGCUAGGCUUGGUCUGGCUAAGAGUAUAGGCGUUUCUAAUUUUAACACCAAACAGUUGCGGAGAGUUUUGGAUCACGCGAAAAUCAAACCUGUCAUGAAUCAAAUAGAGGUAAGUCCUAACGUCACCCAGAAGAAGCUUAUUAAGUUUUGUCACGACAACGAUGUGGCCGUAACUUCCUACAGUCCUUUCGGAUCCCCAGCUAGACCGUGGGCAAAAUCUGAAGACCAAGUCGUAUCCUUGGAAAAUCCUAAAAUAGUUAGCAUUGGCGCUAAACACGGAAAAACAAGUUCCCAAGUUAUUCUAAGAUAUCUUAUUCAGGUUGGGACGAUCCCCAUACCAAAAUCAAGCAAUUUGAAGAGGAUAGAUCAAAAUCUGGAUAUUUUCGAUUUCGAGCUUUCUCCUGAGGCCAUAGCCACUCUCGAUGGGCUCAACACUAACGGACGAGCUAUCCCUGCAGAAGAACUAAAGGGAUCAAAAUAUUUUCCGUUUUAUGAGGAUUAACCAAUUGAAAUAGUUUUCUGUUAGACGGACAUUAAUAUUUGUAAAAUUAAAAUAUGAAUAAAGUAAA